GACAAAUAAACAAAAAUCUUCGACUGAAAAUGAAAAUUGUUUAAACCAAGUGCAACAUUCAAUUCUUUUCAACCAAUUUUCUUAAAUAUUCGCAUUAUUAACCGAUUAUGUUGUCUAAUAAUUUACAUAUCUGUAGUGAGCAAAUUGAAAGUUUAUGAUUAAACAUCAUGGAUAUUGGAAUCUACCAACAAUGCAAGCACAGUAAUUUGUAACCGAGGGUGUCGGGUUUGCGUCCUCUUAUUUUUUGUACUUCCAAGUGAUCAUUUUUUGACCUUGAUAUUUAGACAAACCUUGAAAGCAACAUGAAUACGGAAACCGAACCAUCUCCAAAGAAAAAGACAGACAAAAUCACAGACAACCUCACAGUCUCACUGGAAAAGUGCGACAUCAAGAAAAUAGAAAAAAGUGACGAAGAACCGAAGCCUCGAAUCGUAUUAACCAUACGCUCGGAGAAGUCUAAUGCUAAAAAUAGUAAUAUGAAGGUAGUAUCCACGGAAGAAAAACAAGAAGAGUUCUGUCCUCGCAGAUCCAGCAGGACACGAGGUAAAUGGGAAUGGGUCUGUGACAGCGAUACAUCUACUUCACCUAAAAAAGAUAAAUCCGCAUCGGAGAACGACGAGUGUGACAUUCUUACCACAAAAAGGUCAACUAGCCGUAGAAACAAAGAUAGUGACAAUGUUGUUGCCAAUGCUAUUGCAAGAAAAGAAAAAAUGUAUGAUAUUAUUACACCACAGCGCUCUACACGACGACAAAAAGCAAAACCCGUAGAAGAAGUGGCUCACGAGACAGUGGAUAAAGGUGUAAGAACUAGAAGAUCAGCUAGACCUGAUCCUGUGGAACCAGAUACUAAAAAUAAGGGAAAAGAUGCAGAACAAGACGUGAUUGAGAUUGGCACAGAUGACGACACCCUCAGCCAAAGCUCAGAUAUGAAAUUAAAACACCUGUGUGAAUUGGGCUUGAAAGCUAUUAACCCUGAAGAAGAGGAGGAUGAAGAUUAUGUUGAUGGCCGAGACUCUGAAGACAUGGAUGAUGAAGAGGAAGAAGAUGAUGAAUUAGAUGAUGACACUGAAGUGAUCACCAAACUUCUUGAAGCCGAUGAGGAGGAGGCUGAUUCUGGCAGCGAUGAAGAAUACUGCUGCUCAACGGAGGCAUCACCUAGCGAACAACCACGGAGGGUCCCUCGACGCCGUUCAACACGCAGAACAAAAGCACAUUAUACUGAGUCUAAUGAAAGAAGUGAUCGUCCAAAACGUAAAAGAAUUCGUUCCGCAUGCGCUGAAGAUGCUUCCGAUGAAGAAAUGCAAGAAGUCAAAGCAGAGCCAGCAGACGCUGAAGAGGGCUCUGAAGCUGCUUGCCCACUCGAGGACUCCACGGUAGUCGCCAUGUGCAUGUGCGAAGAGCCGAGCAAUGUAUAUGCCGCACCUGAGGAUCUCACUGAGCCGGUGUUCUGUCAGGCGAUAGAGAUGCUGGACGGCGUCCGCGUGGGCUGCUCCCACCUGGCGCGGCGCGACCCCGACGGCGCCCACGCCGCCCUGCUGCGCGCCGGGCCCCGCGCCCCCUACCUGCUCGCCUGCACGCUGCACGCCAGCCAGCUCACCAGCCACAUGUGCUGCGCCGCGUGCGGACUCUUCUGUACCCAGGGCAUAUUCUACCAGUGUUCAAAAAAUCACCUGUUCCACGUGGAGUGCAGCCUGAGCACGAACGAUGCGCAGUCGGCGGUGGGGUGUCCCCACUGCGGUGUGUACUCGUACCGCUGGCUGCCCGCCAACACGGACUGCCACAGCGUCAAGCUCACCAUGACUUGCAGCAACAAGAGGAUAUUCUUACCUGAACAAAGAGAGCAAUGUACGCCCGCCCACUUAUCUUUUUUGAGUAAAACCAAAGAAGCCAAAAUAGAGCCUAUAAUCCCCGAAGACCUGCUGCCGUCGCCUCCGCUCGACUUGGAGCUGCUGUCGAAGCGGCCGGUCAGCGCGGAAGACGAAGAAGAGGCUUUGCAAGAAUUGUGUGACGCAAUACUGGCCCGGGAGAACGUAAAUAAUUUGUUGACUAAAAUUGCGGCGGUGUGCGACGUGGACCGCGCCGUGGCGUCGGAGGCGGGCGGCUCGUGCGCGCACGCGGCGGCGCGCGGCGGGCACGCGGCGGCGCUGCACGCGCUGCACGCCGCCGCCGCCGCGCUCGACCGCCGCGACCGCCGCGCCAGGACGCCGCUCGUCGUCGCCGUGUCGGCGCUUGUCGAUAAAUCGGUUAAGAAGAUCGAAGAUAUAAAGAAAGACGAAAGAGAUUCAACAGAAGAGAUGGAAGUGGACCACGAAAAGGACGAAGAGAACGAGAAACCAGAAGCAGAAGCAGAACACAGUGACGGAGAAGAGAAGGCAACGUUAGGGGCAGUCGAAAGGGAGAAACCGAACGAUGAAGACUUGAUGAGGGUCAUAAGAUACCUGAUAGCGGCCGGCUGCGACUUGAACGCCGCCGAUUCGGAAGGCAUGACGGCUCUCCACAUAGCGGCCCAGCACGGGGACGCGGCUGUGUGCGGCGCGCUGCUGUCCGCGGGCGCCGAGGUGGACGCGCGCGACCAGGGCGGCUGGACCCCGCUCGUCUGGGCCGUCGAGAACGAUUAUGCCGACGUUGUCAGGCUACUGCUGCGCGAAGGAGCGGACGCGCUGUCCGUGGACAAGGAGGGCAACAGCGCGGUGCACUGGUGCGCGGCAGCCGGCUCCUCCCGCGCGCUGCCGCUGCUCGCCGCCGCCGCGCCCGCCGCCGCGCACGCGCACAACGCGCACCUCGACACGCCGCUACAUGUCGCAGCGAGACAAGGCCACUACUCGUGCGUCGUGAUCCUGCUGGCCAGAGGCGCCAAGACGGACGUUGCGAAUUCUUCCGGGGAGCUCCCGAUCGACGUGGCUACAGACCCCAGCCGGCGCGCCAUCUCGCUCAGCAUGCAGAUGAAUCUCGCGGUCACAGAGAAGCUCGGCCAGCGAAACGUUCUAUCCUUUGACAUUUCGAAUGGCUGCGAGAUGUAUCCGAUACCGUGCGUCAACGAAGUGGACUCUACCCCGCUGCCCGACGACUUCGUGUACGUCACGUCGCACGUCAUGCCCACGCAGAUCCCCAUAGACAACACCAUACAGACGAUGCAGGGCUGCACGUGCAAGGAGGGCUCGUGUUCGUCGGAGUCGUGCGCGUGCUGUGUGCUGUCGGUGCGGCGCUGGGCGCGCGCGGGCCGCCUGCCGCCCAACUUCCCGCACCACGACCCGCCAGUACUCUUCGAAUGCAACGCCACUUGCGCGUGUAACAAGAAGAAGUGUACGAAUAACUUGGUGGGCAAGUUGUCCUCGCGCGGCGCGACGUUCGUCCGCACGGAGGUGUACCGGUGCGCGGGGGGCGCGGGGUGGGGGCUGCGGGCGCGCGAGGCGGUGCCGCGGGGUGCGCCGCUCGCGCUGUACUGCGGGGAGCUGCUCGCCUCCGCCGUGGCCGACACCAGGCCCACCGACCAUUACAUGUUCUCACUUGAUCUCAAGCCGGAUCUCCUCGAGCAAUGUGCGGACAAGACGCAGCUGUGCAUAGACGCGGCGUCGUACGGCAGCGCGGCCCGCUUCAUGAACCACAGCUGCGAGGCGAGCGCGGCCGCCGUCCGCGUAUUCACCCGCCACCGCGACCUGCGCCUGCCGCUCGUCGUCCUGUUCGCGACCAGGGACAUACACCCAGGAGAACCGCUCACUUUUGACUACGGCGACAAAUUUUGGGCAAUAAAAGCGAAGUGGAUGAGAUGCGAGUGCGGCGCUCCCGACUGCAGGUAUCCGGUGAAAGGGGGCAGUAACAACGACAGUAAUUAAACUCUACUGGAAUGUAGUUGUCGUUGUAAAUUAUAAUUAUUAAGCUUUAAUUUAUUUUAAAAUCAUUUUUACAUAUUAUAUAUAUGUAAUAGAUGUAAUAAAUGUUAUAUUCGAAACAAAAA